UUGUGAUUGACAGUUGAUUUACUCGGAUUGGUAUACAAUACGCGAGCGAGUUAACCAAUAAACUCCGCACUUUGACUGUAUUAUGAAAGCAAAUGUCAGUAUCAGAAGGUUAAAGCCAAAGCUGUUUUAUGAAUUGUGCGCGUACCUAUUUGUGGGAAAGAGAUGGCGAUAAGGAGGAGGUGUCGCGUUCCGCGAGCACCAGUACGACGCGGUUGCAACAGUUAUCUUUGAGACUCCAGCGGCGGCGGUCGCAUGCCAGCCGCGCUCCGAAUCUCUCGUAACAAACUUUUCACGGGAUUUCGGGAAACUAUUACACGCUCUCCGAGUUGACCGCCCCCUUAAUCACUUUUUUGCGUGUGUCCUAUGCAAUCUGAGGGAUUUCUUUCCGUAUGUUUUACGGUAUAGGCAGUUUGUUGUGAUUUUUAUUUCCGAAAAAAUAAUCCGGUUCUAUGAAAAAACUGUAUUUAAACUUGAUACGUGACGUGUCGACUGAUAAUUGAAUCUUGAUUGGAAUAACUUUUCUUGGCGCCCGACGUGGGACUUCACAGAACUUUUCAAAAUCGCAUUGUAAUAAUGCUAUUAUUAUAUAGACUGUGUUUAUGGAAAAGUGGAAAACUGUUAUUGGCGCUGUUCUUAUUGGAUUGGCUGUUCGCAGUAUCAACAGACGCAACAACUCAUGAACCUGGCUUCAGUGCGCCAAUAGCGAAUGUGACCGCCGCGCUCGGCCGGGAAGCGAUCCUCGCUUGUACAGUACACAACCUCUCUACGUAUAAGGUUGCGUGGUUGAGAGUUGACACGCAGACAAUCUUGACGAUCCAUACGCACGUGAUAUCCCGAAGCCGAAGGGUCGGAGUCACACACAGCGACCACAGGACCUGGUUCCUGCACAUUCGAGAGCUCCGGGAGACUGACAGAGGAUGGUACAUGUGUCAGAUCAACACGGACCCCAUGAAGAGCCAGCUUGGAUAUUUAGAUAUUGUUGUCCCACCAGAUAUCCUUGAUCGUGGGACAAGUCCGGACCAGAUAGUGAGAGAAGGAGCUUCGAUCAAUCUGACGUGUGCCGCGACGGGAUCCCCACAUCCACAGAUCACGUGGCGGAGAGAACAUUCCAAACCCAUAACAGUCUCCGAUGGCAUGCAAGUGACGUCAUUCGAAGGCCCGAUGUUGAAUAUAACUCGAGUGACAAGACAGAGCGCGGGCGCAUACUUGUGCAUCGCAUCAAAUGGCGUGCCGCCCACCGUCAGCAAGAGAAUCAUGCUAACUGUACAGUUUCCCCCGGUUAUAACAAUAAGGAAUCAGUUGGUGGGUGCCGCGCUUGGCACCGAUUUAGUGCUGGAGUGCGAGACCGAGGCGUAUCCUAAACCAGUCACCUACUGGAGCAGGGAUAAUGGAGAAAUUGUUCCCGUUGGGGGAGGUCUCGAGCCGCACAAGAUAGAUGGAUCGUAUCGAUCAGUACUGAAGCUCGCUAUACAAAGGGUCACAAGUUCCGACUAUGGGACGUACAAAUGUGUUUCCAAAAAUUCCCUCGGUGAUACUGAGGGCACUAUUAAACUGUAUCCUAUGCCUCUUCCAGCGAUGGAUAAUAAAAAUGUUGUCCAGAGGUUAAACAUCAUAGCUGAUAAGUCAUCAGAAAGCACGCCCUUCGGCACACAAGAUUUCAGGUUACAAGAUUACAACAGGGCGGCGCCGAAAGAUCUGUGCCGCUAUGGUUUUUUGUUCUCAUUAGCAAUUUUAAUCAAGAUACCAUCUUGGGGGUAAUGUUUCCAUUUGAGUAAAUAAGAAAAUAAAUUAAUAAUACUUUUCCGUACAGUACAAUCAGAUAGAUCGGAGUCGGAUCGCUUUGAUGUUCUAUAAAUUUUCUGUAUUACGGUAACAUUGAAUUCUAUUUUCGGUAAAAUUAUUGUAAUGACAAAAACAAAAGGAUGUACAAUUUUGAGUGAUUGAAAUCACUGUUUUUGAACUGUGAGCCGCUUCGUACAUUGCUGUUUCGUAUCCAUAUUUUGAAGUCGCAGAUAACUUGUAAAUAAUCAAAUAAUAAAUAUAGAUAUAGUAUGUUUAUUGUCAUUUGAUACGGGUAUCGAAAUCAUAUGAAAUUAGUAUUUACAUAACAGUUCCUCAUGUUUUCUAGAUUCAUUCAGCGUUGUGCAUAUUUGUCCUAAGCUAAGGCUAAUCGAGUCACUUAAAUGUUUAAGGAUUACAAGUCUCUUCGCCGUGUUCACGGAAGAUGCUCAGUCACAAGCCUUACUUGGUCAGUCAUCUUUAUUAACUAUUGGCAUCCAGUUACGUACAUCUUAAAUAAUAUUACUUCUACUGGUUAACACUAUUACUUCUUAAUUUAUGAUACUACCUUAAAUUGCUGAGGCGUGUGCUUUUCCGAAUAUAUUUUGUAGCAAUCAAAUGGCUGAAAAAAUCCUAUCCUUAUAAACGGUUUUAAAGAGAUUUAGAUAAUCUAGAUGGUCAAAAGUUUCGAAAAAAAUUCGACCCUCAGAAAACCACAUUGUAACAUUUUAGCAAUUUUGUUGCUCAAUCAUCGGGUACACCAAAAGGAACGACAUUCUCAUAUGAAUAGAUAUCUUUAAAUAGAUUUAGAUUGCUUUUGUUUUUGUCUAAAGAUCAAUAGAUAUUGAUUCUUAUUUAUAUUGAUCAUCCUGAUGAAACAAGGCAAAAAGUUAUUUCUUAAAAUCUUUACGUCUUUACCGCUCUAAAUACAAUAUGAUUAGUUUCAUGAUACUGAAAAAUACACAAUAAUGAAUUCAUGACCGAAUUUAGUAUACCUCUAGAUUGCAUUGUUGUCCAAGCAUGUUAAAGUUAUGUUUACAGAAGUAAUUUAUUUUCAAAACACUAGAAAUACAUCUUGAUUGAAUAAUUUACGUUUAAAUCCCGUCUGCUAUGAACCUCGCAUCCCCAAUCUGGAGGUAAUGUAAAGUCAACACCUCGGAAUACGAUCAUUCCUUGAACAAACUUUAUAUAAACUUACGAGUUACCUGCGACUAUGUUUAUUUGAACCCAUUCGCGUAUAUAACACAACCUGUCGACAAGUUACCGUUCUCUGACGAAUUGUUCAAAUGAGUUGAACACAGAACAAAACACAGUCACAAUGUGUCACAUUGUUUUGUCUAAGGAACUACAAAAACCUUUUACCCAAGAUCAAAUUGUGCUUUAUUGUUUCAUAUUUUAUUUUUAAUAUACUUUCGCGUAAGUAUACAUUACAUACAUCACAGUUCUUUAUUAUCUUCUUAUCAUUCAUCCAGGCUUUAGGCAUUUGUUUUUCUUCUAAUUCCGAUACCGAAAUAAGAAGCAAUCGAUUCUAACUAGCCCACUGGCCUCACACAGAGCACCAAUUAAUCUAUCAAUAAGACUAACAAGAACCGCAGGCUAGACCAUCAAUCAAAUUACCUAACAAAGUAUUUAAUGAACUGGCCGAAUCACGACCGCUGCGGAAUCAGACAAUUUAUCACUUUAUGCCGUUUUAGAUUCAGAAAAACACUCAAAUCUACUGUGAUACGAAAAUUUAUAGAACAUUCAGAGCGUACCCUUAAACCGUUGUGUUGUUACACGUGGAAUACUCAAAUGUGUAAUUAAAUUAAUUUAACCUUAUUGGAAAUUCUGUAAUAGGUUAUGACGAAACAUAUCUCUUAGAACUCAUUAUAGGCAAAUUAUAAUUGUAAGUAAUUUUAGAAAAAUAUAUAAAUUAUGUCAGAAUAUUGAAAGUAUUAAUAAAUAUAGACUGAGGUUCAUGAACAUAGGCUUGUAUAUAUAAAGUUAAUUGUAAUAUGUAGGUAAUGUUUAAAUUAUUUACGCUUAAACUUUAAUGGAAAUCUGUUGAGGGCAGUCAAUUACACCGGCGUAACGUCAAGUAAGACAAUGGGAUCAGUUUGCUUCAUUCGCUUUUAUAUUAGAAGAAGUUAUUUCCAAUGUGCAAGGGCCUUACAACUACCUAUCAAAUUAAUACUGUUGCAGCUGUGGAAAUAAAGCGCCACUCUACGCCUCGUAGCGUCGUAGCCGUCUUGCGUAGGCCGUAGGUUGUUCAAACUACGUAGGCCCUUUGUACAUUGGAGUGCAAAAAUGUUUACUAAAGAAGAGAAAUAUUAUGCGCAUUCUUCACUAGGCCGCCUUCGUCGUUACAUGUCACCAAUGUAUUAGAUGUGCAUGACAGUGUUUAUGUAACGUUUUCAGAUGUUUUGGUAAAUUAUACUUUAUUAGAAAUAGCAUUAGACACCAAUUUCUUUGUCGCGGAUGAAUAUUGACGGCUUCAUUGUUGAUGGUUAAAAAUAUUGUUUGUUAUUUUCAAUCUAAUGUUAUUUGUAAUUGAGUAAAGACGAUUAAAUAAAUUGUUGUAUCGCGGACCACUGUCGCUUACAGUCAAAUAAAUGACUUUUAAUUUGAAUGCCGUUUAAUUUAUUUUCACAAUGUAUAGUCACGUCAUAAAGUACAGUCAAGUUCAAU